UUCGCACGACUGACGUUCAUCGCGUAAUAAAACAUGUCAGCUGUGGGUUUAGCUCUGUCUCGACAACUCCGAUCUCAUUUUUCGGGAUUCAAAACAAUUUACAAAGACAUAAGAUGUCUCUCCACCCCCGCAGCCACCGCACAGGCCCCCCAGGAGUCUCCACCGAAGGACCCCCAAAGCCCGAAAACCCCUGAGUAUGUAAAACCCCGAAGCCAGGAACCGGUGGUCCCCUCUCAGUACAGAUUCGUCUAUCCCGAGUUCCUCCCUGAUCCCACCCCGGGCUUCCGCAAUCAUCUCCGCGAGAAACUCGAGAGGAUAGACAUGAUGGCGAGAAGAACCGUCCUCGACAUCCCCGAGUUCUACGUUGGAUCGAUCCUCGCUGUCACAUACUCAGAGCCUCAUGCACCAGGAAAAUCCAACAAAUUCGUGGGGAUUUGUAUCGAUAGGAAGGGCUGUGGCUUGAGGGCCUAUUUCCUCCUGAGAAAUGUUAUCGAUCACCAGGGGGUUGAGGUCAAAUUCGAUUUGUAUGAUCCUGCCAUUCAGAAAAUCGAUUGCUUGAGGCUCGAAAAGAGACUGGAUGAGGAAUUGUACUACCUCCGUGAUGCUCCGCUGGAGUACAGUACAUUCCCAGUGGACAUGGAGAUGGAACUCUUACCAGAAGGUAGUGAAGUCCCCAUCAACACUCUCCAGGUGCCCCUGAAGCCUAGGCCAUGGCUGAAGAGGUGGGAGAUAUAUCCAAUGAAGGGAAUUGUGCAGAGUACGAUCAUUACUACUGCGAAGAAGUGGCUGAGAGCUGAGAAGUUGAAGAAACCUUGGGAGAAAUACGACCUCAUGAAGGAAUACAGAUCCACAAUCCCAGAAGAAGAACAACAAGCCAUUUAUUCUGAAGUCUACUCCAAAUUAAACACACUAGAAAUUUCCAGGAAGAAAUUGAAACGCAAACGUGGAUUCGUUCGGCCAGCGAAGGGACAAUGAGCAUUUGUUAUAAAAUGUAUUGAUGACUGAUUGAAUCCUUGUUUAUAAAAGAAUAUUGACAGAA